CUUUGGCGUUUUACAGCACUACAUUUGCGCCACAAAAACAAAAAUCCGAAAGCGGUGCAAGUAGAUUUGUAAAUCCCUAUUUAGCCAACGCAAACAAACAGAAUGUCGAAGGACGAGAAGGACAAGACGCAGAUAAUCGACAAGGACCUGGAUCUGUCCAACGCCGGACGCGGCGUGUGGCUGGUGAAGGUGCCGAAGUACAUUGCCCAGAAAUGGGAGAAGGCCCCCACGAACAUGGACGUGGGCAAGCUGCGGAUCAACAAGACGCCCGGCCAGAAGGCCCAAGUCUCGCUCUCCCUCACUCCGGCCGUCCUGGCUCUCGACCCGGAUGAGAAGAUACCCACGGAGCACGUCCUGGACGUGUCGCAGGUGACCAAGCAAACGCUCGGGGUAUUCUCGCACAUGGCCCCCUCCGAAGGCAAGGAGAGCUCGGCGAACCCGGCUGCGCAGCCAGACAACGAGAAGCUCUACAUGGAGGGCCGGAUCGUUCAGAAGCUGGAGUGCCGGCCCAUUGCCGACACUUGCUACAUGAAGCUGAAGCUGGAGUCCAUCCGCAAGGCGUCGGAGCCCCAGCGGCGGGUGCAGCCCAUCGACAAGAUCGUCCAGAACUUCAAGCCCGUCAAGGAUCAUGCACACAAUAUCGAGUAUCGGGAGCGCAAGAAGGCCGAGGGCAAGAAGGCGCGCGACGACAAGAAUGCCGUGAUGGACAUGCUCUUCCACGCCUUCGAGAAGCAUCAGUACUAUAACAUCAAGGAUCUGGUCAAGAUCACCAACCAGCCCAUCAGCUAUCUGAAGGAGAUUCUCAAGGAUGUAUGCGAUUACAACAUGAAGAACCCUCACAAAAACAUGUGGGAGCUCAAAAAGGAGUACCGACACUACAAGACUGAGGAGAAAAAGGAGGAGGAGCACAAGUCGGGCAGCAGCGAUUCGGAAUAGCAUUAAGCAGAGCCUCCGACAUACCUUGAUUAAAAAAAUAUUUAAGUGAUUGCAUGAUUUCGUUUUAUUCCUUAAGAGCUACACUUAGACCUAUGAAAAAAACAUUUUUUCUUUCACUGUAAAUAUACAUUCUCUUGCACUCUGGUUAUACAUACAUAUAUACACUAUAAACCUAGGCGACACUAUGAACAUAGGGAUAUCUAUUAGUUGACGUUUUUCUCAUGUACAUACAUUAAUUGUAGAGCAGAAAGAAAUCUAAAUUUGUAUACUUUUGUACAGUAUGAGAUCAGGUACUUGAUACUAGUACUAUCAGCUCAUAAGGAUUUCCAAAACACUGACUGUGGUCAAUUUAAACGAUCAUUUGUCUAUUUUUCAAAAUGCAA